UUCACAAGAUGGCGACACAAGUUCUACUUUUAUUCAACUGCCCACUUCUUCCACGAUUCUCGCGCAUGUGCUGUAAUUUUCAAUGCAGAGCUUAGCUUAUUGAUAGCAAAGACGUAGUAAAUUUACAGGUGUUGAAUUAUUAUAAUUUCAAGAUGAUUGCCAGACAGUUGAUUGCCAAACAGAUCAGAAAUUUUACCACAAGUGCUAUCCGUCGCUCUGGCCAUGGCGAUCCUGGAGGUUACCCAGGCGCUAACUUGCCGUUCAGUAUCCACAACAGAUUCAAGCUUACAGCUUAUUUCAUCAUCUUCUUUGGCAGCGGAUUAGCCUUACCAUUCAUUAUAGUCCGUCAUCAAAUGUUGAAGUAAAUUUAUAAUAUUUGCUGGAGUAGUUAAUUGAAAUUUAAAAAAAUAAUUCAAACCAUUUAAAUGUAUUAAAAAUUCUAGCAAUAAAAUCUUCAUCUCUUAUAAACAUAA